AUGGAGGACUCCUACGACAUCACCACUGGUAUCCCACAAGACAAAAUCUGGGGAACCCAGUUGCGCACCUACUUUGACUUUACUCUCUACUUUGAGCAGGCUAUUCUGCUACUGGUCCCGUCGGUGCUCUUCAUCCUCUGCUUUCCACACUACAUCCGGACAGUGAUGCGCAAAAAGCCCGUGGUGCGCCGUAGCUUGCUGCUCUGGGCAAAACUGCUCUCGGGAACUGCGCUGAUGGCCAUGCAAGUCGCCGUCUCUGCUGCAUGGAUCACCUUUCCCCAGUUUCGAUUCAACCUCGCCUUUGGCGCCGGUGCCUUGUCGUCGCUCGCUGCCGCACUAACCAUUCUCGUGCUGUAUAUUGAACACGUCUAUUCCCUUCGACCAUCUGCACUUAUUAGCCUCUACCUUUCGAUCACCAUUCUGUUUGACAUUGCCAUUUGCCGAUCCUUUCUCCUCCGAGAAAUGGAACUGCCCGGUGCUCUCACUGCUGCCACAAUUGUCAUCAAGAUGACCAUUAUCCUGAUGGAGGAGAUAAAGAAGAAGAAAAUCAUCAUCUCUGAACAAUUGCGAGAGACCGUCGGACGCGAAUCGCUCAGUGGGUUCUGGACCAUUGCCUUUGUCGCUUGGAUCAACCAAACCCUGUUCAGAGGGUACCGUCAUGAUCUUACCGAGGAUGAUCUGGACUUACUUGAUGAGGGCAUCAAAUCUGGACCCCUGAGAGAACGAUUUCGUGUAGAGUGGGAAAAGGCUGAUAAAGAAUCUCGCUUUGCCCUCUGUGGCGCCGUCAUCCGGGCUUGCGGCUACCACACCAUGGCCAUCGGAGCCAUCCUCCAACUGCUCCAAAUUGCCUUUCAAUUCUCUCAGCCCUUUAUUAUUGGUGCCAUCGUGUCGGCGUUGAUGCAAAACGAGAUUGAAGCAUCCACAAAAGGCGGCCUGAUUGGAGCUGUCGCCAUCGCCUACUUUGGCGCAGCGCUUUCCCACGCUCUUUUCGGACGAGCCAUGAUCAGGUACGGUGCCAUGACACGCGCCUGUGUAGGAUCGGCCGUCUACGACAAGAUGCUACGGCUCCCCUCCUCCGUUCUCGACAAAUCAGCUGUCUUGACCCUUAUGAGCACGGAUGUAACCACUGCUGCAACGUACAUGAACUUGUUCUUGGAGUUCUUGAGUGCCCUUGUUGCCAUUGUUGUUGCCCUCCUCUACCUCGGCAUCUUUGUCGGAGCAGCAGCUGUUUUGGCACUCAUCCCCAUGUCUAUCACGGCUGUGCUUACGGUCUUUAGCGCCAAAAAGAUGCGAGCCGCCCAGAUCAAAUGGAAUGAAGCUGCCGAAACACGUAUCGGCAUUGUGCGCGACAUGUUGCAGUCCAUGAAGAGUGUCCGUAUGGGAGGUCUGACUGGGGUGUUCUCAUCAUGCGCCAGGGCUCUGAUUGAGAAUGAGAUUGCCGCUUCUCGAGAGGGUCGAGCCUUCCAUUCCGUAUUGUUUGGUCUUGAAAUGUUCUCGACGGCCGUCGCACCGGUUCUACUCCUCGCUGGUGGACUCUUCUGGACACACCGUGCAACGGGCAUGUCAUCUAGUGACAUAUACUCCCUUAUUUCUGUCACGGUCCUUGUGGUUGAGCCGCUCACUAGAGCAGUGCACUCUAUCGGCGGCCUGGCGAGACGUUUUGCUUGCAUCACUCGUGUUCAGAAGUUUCUGCUUAGAGACGAACUCAUAGACAUGCGCCAGAAGACAUCGAAUACUAUGGCAGAUGCGGAGAAGAGCACGUCUAACGUUGCUCAAAUCGUCAACGUCUCCAGCGUACCCGACGAGGAGGGCAGGCGCCUCUUUAAGAAUGUAAGCGCCGAGUUCCCAGCGGGUCAAACUUCCAUGAUUAUCGGCCCCGUCGGUUCUGGUAAGUCCAGUGUCUUGGACAUGAUCAUUGGUGAGUUCCCUAUCGAGUCUGGUAAAAUCGCGACGCAUAUCAACAACAUUGCGCUUUGUAGCCAGUCUCCAUGGAUCCAGAACGGAACUGUCAAAGAAAACAUUGUCGGCGCAUAUCCAGUCUCAAAUGCUUGGUAUAACACUGUUAUUAGAGCUUGCUGCUUGGAUACAGACGUCGCACGCUGGCCACAAGGCCACAAUACACAGGUUGGAAAUGACGGCUGUAAUUUGAGCGGUGGCCAGAAGCAGCGUGUUGCCCUUGCUCGUGCUCUUUGCUCAAAGAAACCUGUACUAGUCCUCGACGAUGUUUUUAGCGGACUGGAUAAGACCACCUCCAAGUCCAUCACUGAGAGUCUGCUUGGAGAGGGAAGCAUUAUAAAGGAGGCCAAUACUACCAUCAUCAUGUCGACAAAUUUGAUCGACAAUCUCCAUUACGCAGAUCAGGUUCUAGAGCUCAAGGACGGCGCCCUUGAAAAGAUCGAAACUCAAAAGGCAAUCAAAGAGGCUACCUUUAUGAAGGAAGCCAAAUCCGGAGAUGUCGCAGAAGCGGAUGAGUCUGUAACUGGGUCAAUUGACGAGCAUAAGGAAAAAGGCGCUGCUCAAGAACCCGAGGCAGCCAAAGCCAACACGGUCAACAGGACAAACCUCCGAAGCGACUACAAACACUAUGUGAAGGCUUUUGGACUAGGUCCUAUAUUGAUCAUUAUUGCGUGGACCGCUAUCAGCGAGUUUCUCAUGAAAUCUCCAAAUGUCUACCUUCGAAUCUGGCUUGACAUUAAUCCUUCUGAUUUGCGAUAUUUCGCUGGAUUCGCUAUCCUCGGAUUAUUCGGAAUCACAUCGUCCACUUCGUCGGUCUGGUACUUUUUCGUGAAAAUGGUCGCGGUCUCGUAUGGCAACCUCCACGAAACCAUCCUCAAGACGACUUUGGGCGCCACAUUCUACUAUCUCUCCAACACAGAGUCAGGCAGCCUCCUCAACCGCUUCAGCCAGGACAUGGAGCGUGUCAGUCAAGAUCUACCAUUCAUCAUGCUCUAUACGAUCGAAUGUGAGUUUUCUGUCUAUCUAAUCCAUCUUCAGAGUUAA